AUGUACUCCGUCGAAGAACGAAAAUACACUGUCCCACCUCCACUCUCAAUGGAUCGCAUCCCAACACCUUCAUACCCGCCAGGGCCGAAUACGCUACGGCCCGCCGACCACCUUUCGCCCGUGCAGAAUGAAUACGGGGGUCGUAUUUGGUCAUUAGAGGUGGUGCAGCAGCCCAUCCGAGCUCGCAUGUGUGGAUUCGGUGACAAGGACCGAAGACCGAUCACGCCCCCACCAUGUAUUCGUCUGAUUGUGCGCGAUCAACUCACGAAUAAAGAAAUCGAUAUCAAUGAGAUCGACACCUCUUUCUAUGUGCUUACCGUCGAUCUUUGGAAUGUCGAUGGCACCAGUGAAGUCAACCUCGUCAAGCACUCCGCCUCCUCUCCCUCCAUCUCGACCGCCAUGUCCCAAUCAUAUCCUCCCCCACCUCAGAGCAUGUCCCCCACCUACGGGGGCUACGGCCAAAGCCAGUACCCUGUGGGCUACCCACAGAUGAACAAUUACUACGGCGGUCAGCAGAUGGCAUACCCGAAUCAAUACGGCCAGCCCGUCACUUAUCCCCCACAAUACUACGCCGGCGGCCAAGCCCCAGCAGCCAUGCCGCCAGCUACCCAACCCGUCACCGGAGGACCUGGCGGGAUGUUCACUCGCAAUCUGAUCGGCAGCCUCAGCGCUAGUGCAUUCCGCCUGACAGAUCCCGACAACAAGAUCGGCGUAUGGUUCAUUCUGCAAGAUCUGAGCGUUCGGACCGAGGGCACCUUCCGGCUGAAAAUGAGCUUUGUCGAUGUUGGUACGCAAUCCUCCGAAACCACCAACGGCGCUCUUGUCAUCAACCACGGAACCGCUCCCGUUCUCGCCUCCGUCUUCUCAGAACCGUUCCAAGUCUUCUCUGCCAAGAAGUUCCCCGGUGUGAUUGAGAGCACCCAGCUCAGUAAAUGCUUCGCGUUGCAGGGCAUCAAGAUCCCCAUCCGCAAAGAUGGAAUGAAGCCCCGCGGCCGAGGCGGCGACGGUGAUGACGAUGACGAAGGCGAUUAUUAA